AUGUCUGAUCCAAACCAGAUCGAUCCCGCAAACGGCAAUGGCCAGUACAAGAGUCCCUCCUUGCCCUACUAUUCCGGCAACCCUUCUACUUUUGCCGAAGCCAGCUACAGCAUUAACAGUUCGGCAAUCGACUACUUUGUCCUGGCCGAGGAUCCACAGGCUGCGGCUGUCAAUCGAAUGAAAAAUGAGGCAGCCGGAGCAGGACACUUUUCAUCUUUGGAGGUGGCGGCGAAUGUGCAGUCCUUCACCUCUCCCAGCAAAGGAUGCGGCGUGGUGCAAUACCAGCCCACCAGCACCUCGAUGGAGUACAUUCCCCAGCGAAUGGCCACCUUUGGCGGCUGUGACGUGGAGGAGGAGGAAGACCUGACCAAGUCCAAGGCGAAGACCAUUCCCUACGUUCCGAAGCCACUACAGCGCAAGGGCAAAACUUUACAGUACGUUCCAUCAGGAGGUGGAAUGGCUGGCGCCGGUGUUGAUGAUACGGACACUCCAUUUGCUCCUUACGUCUCGGAAAGUGAUGUCGUCAAGGAGAGCAAAGUAGUGAAAGCCAAGAAACCUUCGCCAGUCUAUGUUCCUAAAACUCCAACGAAAGCUGUCGUGUCCGCUGGCAAACAGUCAACUCCUACUUCUACUACUGUCACUACUGCUGAGCCAUCACAUCCCAGCAAGGUCAGCUCACCCAACCUGAAAGAGCAGCCCAGUCUGCCCACAACUCGACAAGCCACCAAACGACCGUCGACGACGACUACUGUUGAAACUGCUGAAGCCGUCGUGCCAGGCGUCAAGAGCGCUCGCAUUGCUCACAAGCCUUCCUAUGAUGCCUCCCUCGCACCUCGACAAGCGGUGCCCCGUCGAGUUCGGCCCACUCGGGCGUCAUUGCGUCAGCAAAUGGCGGAACGAUAUGAGAAGGUGGCAGCAGAGGCUGCUGCUGCGGCCGCCGCAACGACAUCCUCAGCUGAUGAUCAGAUUAACUUAACAGAAGUAAAAAGCGCCCAACUAAACGCCUCAGCAAAAGUUACAUCGCCUCCUGGUGUAUCGCAUUCAACAGCUACCUCCAGUAGUUCAACCACUAACGCUUCCAGUCAUGAUAACCUGAAGCUAACUUUAAAAAUCCCCAAACCCCAAACGUCUUCAGCUAAACUGCCACUUCGAGUUACCACUCCCACUACGCCCACUACUGUUUUGAUCUCAUCAGGCAGCAACAGCAGCAGCCCUAAAGUGGGCGCCAGCAACCGAAUCUCAACUGAGCCCUCCGCCUCCAAGUCGAUCUCUGUGGCGCCCAACAGCCACCAGAUCCGCAGCUCCCCAGCAGCCAGCACAUCAGUGCAUCUGCUGGUGGCCAAGGGAAAACCGGCAGAGACGGUAGUUCCCGCCCGCACCGUCGCCACUGCCUCUCGUUUCACCGUCGGCAAACGCGACAAGUCGUCGGCUCGUGUGGCCCACGUUCCCAAGCCGAUCACCGCAAAGGAUGCGGCAGUGCUGGGCAUCAUCAAUCCGAGCAGCACCGUCCUCAGCAGUGGUGGUAAACCAUCUUCGUCCUCUUCCUCUUCCUCUUCCUCUGCCACCACUGAUGCGCAGAACCGGGCCGCCCUCAGCAAGCUGUUGAUGCCCCUGGCGGACGCCUCCGCCCGAGUGCCCCUCUCCGUACGACGCAGUACACUGCUGAAGAUUCGCGCCGAGCUGAUCGCCAGCACCGGAAGAUCGGCGGACGUCCUCCCAGUUGAAGAGCUCCUCGCAAAGUCGGCAGAGGCGCAGCAGCUGGAGAAGGAGAUCGCCGGACGGGCGAAAAGCAAUCGAAACAUCUACGUCAGCCUGGGCGCCUCCAAAGUGGCCACCAUUCGACGGGAGCAGAAGGAGGCAAAGGCGGCGACGGCAGCAGGAGCAGCCAUGUCUACCACCACCUCCGCUUCCAGCUCAAAGAAGCUGACCAACAAAAAGUACCGCAAUCUGCUGUCGACGGCGCCGGCCACUCCGGCCGCCAAGAUCUCCCACGACGCACUGCUGAAGUUCAAUGCCAAAAACUGCAGUCUAGUCUCGCGAGAGUCGGCUCGUGUGGCUGACCUCAGUCGAGAGGAGCUGGUCCAUCAGCUGAGAAAACUAAUGAUACCCAGUGAAGAGCUGGAGAAGUACGGUUUCCCUCGACCAGUUUCUGCUGGUGAUGGUGAUGACUCUCUGGGCAAGGCAUAUCUGCCUAAUUUGGAUGCAAAAACCAAACCAGUGCCCUACGUGGAGGGCAUGGCAAUGACCUGUCGACGCUGUCGAGCAAUCUACCGAAACCCUCAAAAGCGAUCAAGUGUUGGCAGCAGCGACUCAACCGAAACCCCAAAACCGGCCUGCGUCUACCACGAGGGCCGUGUCUUCAAGUUCCGCGACCGCCAGGGCGUCGAUGGAAAGUACAUCUGCUGCAAGGGCGACCGAGAGUCGGGCGGAUGCGCCUCGGCCACUGCCCACGUCACCGAUGGCCUCGAGUUCACCGACGCCCACCAGGGCUUCACCGCCACCGUGCCCGGUGGCUCCAGCGGAAAGGUCCUGCCCAAUGUCUUUGCCCUCGACUGUGAAAUGUGCUACACUGACCACUGUCUGGCGCUCAGUCGCGUGACGCUGCUCAACUUUGAGGGCGCUGUAGUGUACGAUGCGCUGGUGAAGCCGGCAGGCGUCAUCCUCGACUACAACACCAAGUUCAGCGGCAUCAAGGAGGGCGACCUGGAGGGGGUGACCACCACGCUGGCCGACGUCCAGGCGGAGAUACGGGCACUGGUCGCCGCCGAGUCCAUACUCAUUGGCCACGGUCUUGACUCGGACUUUCGUGCGCUGAAGCUGUUCCACGAGAAGGUCGUCGACACUACUCACCUCUAUCCGCAUCGACAGGGGCUGCCCUUUAAACGGUCGCUGCGGAUGCUCGCCUCCAACUUUCUCAAUCGUAUUAUUCAGGACAGUGACGAGGGUCACGACAGUAAUGAAGACGCCAAAGCAGCUUUAGAGUUGGUCAAGUUGAAACUCCAGGAAGAGCUUAAUAAGUUUUUAAUCAACUGA